UUGAAAAUGUAUUAAAUAUUAAUAAACCUGAAGAAACCGCUAUGCUUGCUUCUAUUUAUUACCAUAAAUAUUAUCGAUGGUUAGAAAAAGUAAAUGAAGACAAUUUAUUACGUUUGUUGGAUGACUAUACAUUGGCUAUUGCGUCCCUUCCGCUUGCAUCUAAAGCAACAGAACAGUUUAGACGUAUGAGAGAAUUCCUUGUUCCUGCUUAUUCAAUAUUAAAUCCAACUAAACCAAAGUUAACAUUUCCCUCAGAGUUUUAUGAUUCUUUAAGAGAUUCAGUCGUUGACGCUGAACUUCUUUUAUUAAGAAUUGUUAAAUUUGAUCUGAGAAUUAUACUACCUUUUUCAUAUUUAGAAAAAGCACUUAAUUUAACAUUAACUGCAUUAGAAGUAGAAAUUACUGAAUCUAAUCUUCAUAAAGAUGCAUGUUUGAUGAAUACUUCUCUUGGACGCUAUGUACGUUGUUGUAUUAUGGAUGCAUUAUCGACUUUCUACAUUGUAUGAUCCACAAACAUUAUCAAGUACUUGUUUAUGGUAUGUCCUUCGUGACUUUAAAAUAUUUCCCGAAGAAAAAUUUAUACCAUGGGUUAUAUCUGUUACAGGAAAUACACAUAUACGUGAAGAUAUUCAAGAAGCCGUUGAUGAUCUUAUUCAAUUGGAUUUAAAACGUCAUGUACGAAGAUGUUCUGAUAUACAGGACUAGACCCAUAAUUAUAUUAGAAAAAAACUAAAAUAAUUGCCGCUAAUG